GGAGGCCUCACCGUGGACCCAGAAAAUCCCCACGGCAAUCCCAGUACCUGGCCACAUGCGGAUCUGGGCUGCGGUGAUCAGCCAUGCUGGGGUUUGCAUACCAGGGAGACAAGCUCAAAGAGCCUCCUCCCCCCUCACCUCCCCAGCUGCUGAAACAAAAGUCACAAGUCCUAGAAAAGCCUCUCGUUGACUCCCAGAUGGAUCCCACAAAGCAGCCCAAAGUUGCCCAGCACAACAGAAGGGUCUCAGGUAAAGCGAAAAGAGAGGAAGUGGAAUCAGAAGACCCAGAGCAGGCUGCCCACAGGGGCUCAGCUCCUCCAGGAUCCCUGCCGAGCAGGAAGGGGCCGGCACUUCCCAUCCAGGCCAACGGAGCCACGCACAAUGAGCCGGGAGUCCAGAAAAGGGCAGACAGCAGCCUUUCUGCAAAACGAGGUGACAUCAAGCACAAAAAAAGGAAAACUAAGGAGGCUCCUGCAGCCCCGGCUCCGGCCCCACCUAUUGAGGACGCCAUCUGGUUUGACGACGUGGACCCAGAAGACAUCGAGGCGGCCAUAGGCCCAGAGGCCGCCGAGGUGGCCAGAAGGCAGCUGGGCCAGAGCCAGCGCCAACGCGGCGUGACGCUGGUGAAGGAGCAGGCCUUCGGCGGCCUGACGAAAGCCCUAGCCCUGGACUGCGAGAUGGUGGGCGUGGGCCCCAAGGGGGAGGAGAGCGUGGCAGCCCGCGUGUCUCUCGUGAACCAGUUCGGGAAGUGCGUGUACGACAAGUUCGUCCGGCCGACCCAGCCGGUGACAGACUACAGGACGGCGGUCAGCGGGAUCCGGCCAGAGCACCUCGGGCAGGGGGAAGAGUUCGAUGUCGUGCAGAAGGAGGUGGCGGGCUUGCUGCGGGGCCGGAUCCUCGUGGGCCACGCGCUGCACAACGACCUGAAGGUACUGCUUCUCGAUCACCCAAAAAAGAAGAUACGGGACACCCAGAAAUAUAAACCUUUCAAGAGCCAAGUGAAGAGUGGAAGGCCGUCUCUGAAGCUGCUUGCCAAGAAGAUCCUGGGGGUCGGCGUGCAGGAGGCGGAGCACUGUUCGAUCCAGGACGCCCAGGCCGCAAUGAGGCUGUACGUCACCGUCAAGAAGGAGUGGGAGAACACUGCCCGAGACAGGCGCCCCGCUGCGGCCGCUCCCCGCAACAGCAGAAACGACGCCUAGGGGGACCCACUGCUACCGUCCCCCACCUCCAGGCAGUGUCUCUACUCGCAAGCAGCUGUGACCAGAUGUGUCCCUUGGAAGACAUUCUUUGUCCCAGGAGGCGACAGGCAAAAGCUGCUUCCUGGGUCACGCAGCAGGAGCCUGGGGGCUGCUGGAACACUCUGCCCCUCCCGGUUUAGAGACAAAACCUGUCCGGCCAGGGGUGGGGCGCGCGGGCCAGGUGUAGGGGGGUGUUGGCCAGGAGGUGGGCACGGAACUGAAGCGAGAGCUCCUGGUCAGGCCUCAGCACAGGACGCUCAUCAGGCUGUGCGGACAGAGUGGUCACUGCUGCCAUGGGGCCUCGGGGACUCGCUGGGUGCCGGGCGGGGAGACUUGGGCCCAGUGGGUCUCGCUUUCCCGUAAGGGGACAUUAACGGUCUCCGGCCCUUGGCAGUGAAGCCAACUCCAAGAGCUUUCCGUGGCUGCCUUCGGGCUGAGGAGGGUCUUUCUUGUCCCUCCUUCACCAGCCUCCCCCCAAACCCCCAAACUUGAGGUCACAGCCCACAGCAUGGCCUUGGGCGGCUCAGGCUACCAGCCUGCCACAAUUGUUGUACCUGUCCCUUGUCCCUGCCUGGAGGGACUCAGGCUGUUGCAGCCUGGGAAACUGGCUCCCAUGGGCCCCGGGUGGCCGUGGCCUCGGCCUCCGCCUGGACCCCAGCCAGGCUCGAGUGUGGGGAGCCGGCAGCACCGAGCGGCUGGACAGACCCGCGGAUAUCACUGAACAACGUGUGCAGGCUUUUAAUUCAAUUCAGACAGUACGUGGGCUCCGUGUCUGUCUUCACCAGAACAUUCUGAGGAUCAGUUUGACUGCGUGCUGCUCCUGGCAUAGGCUCCCGGGUGGCGCACCCCAGGUCAGCCAGGGCCCUCUCCCGACACCCCGUUAGGAAAGGCUGAGAGUGGAGCCAGAGCAGGGAGGGCUACUGGCCUGAAACACGUCUGUCUACGAGGGGAGAGGCCCUUCCCCGCCGACACGGACCGCACAGGGGGGCUCAGCUGCCCUCAGUGCCCGGAGGGCCUCUUCUGCAUAGGAGACCAGCUUCUGAGAGGGGAGAUGGGGUCAUGCCUCCGAGGCCAGUGGGCCCCAAGCUUUCUGAAAGGGUGUGAUCACCCUCCCCUUGGGGUGGUUACAGCUCAGGGAAAGCCCCACAUGGCCCCGGGCAGGUCCAACAGAGGCUGGGGCCGCCCCACUCACCAAGCUAGAGGCAAAGCGCCCCUUCAUUUCCAGGACCAGGGGCUCCAUGCCGCCAGACAUCAUCUCCCAUGCAAUCUCCUCUGCGGGGGGAGCAAGCAGAGGCACCUCAGGCCUGCCUCAGCUCCCCAAGCCCUGCACCCCCACAUGCCAGCCUUGGGAGGGGCUCACUGUAGGCCGCCAGCUGGGCCAGCAGCAUGCAGAUGUUUUCCGCCACCUCUGGGUCGUCCCUGUGGACCUGGUAGGUCCCUGCGAUGAGUGCCAGGCCGCUGCCAGCCUCUCCGGGCAGCACCAUCUGGAAGGCUGCCAGCUCUGGGGGGUGGGGGGAAAGGGGGCCCUGCUGCUGCUGUGCCUUCAGCCCCCAGGAAGUAGGGGCUCUGUGGGUGCCAUUCCAUUGAGCCUAAACCCUCCUGAGCGCCCUGACUGUGCCCCGGGGAGGGAGUGCCCUGUCCCUCCAGCACACGGCUGAGGCUCCCACCAAGAGCUGGGCCUGGCCUGGGGGUGCAGUGCCUGCAGGGAGGGCCAGGGUGCCCUUGGGCUGGCAGGAGCAGUGAGGCCUGCCUGUGGCAUGGUCAGACUCCUUGGGUGGUGUCGCUGAGGGCAGGUGGCAAGGCCACAGUUUCACUUCCUGGCCCUGGCCCUACUCCCUUGGUUCUGACUGCCCUCAGGGUCUGCCUACCUCCUGCCUCUCACAGACCUGUUUUGGGGGGUCACAAGGGCAGAGUUCCACCUGAGGAAGUCCCUCUGCUCUUUGGCGCCUGUCUUCUGGGUCUGUCGACCCCCCCAUUCCAGGCAGAGGAGCAAACAGGCCAGGUCCAUUGGCUUUCCUGCCCAGGCCCAGUUGAGUGCCCCAUCCUGGAGCUCAGAGAUGACCUCAAGGGAACUGCACCCCUGCCCAGCAACCACCUUGGUUCCCACAGGUCCCCACUGGGUGAUGGGCUGGCCCCGGGCCUGGCUGAGCUCCGCCUUUGGCCAGACCUGUGCAGACUGGCUGUGGGUUCCGGGACACAUGUCGCCUCAAAUAAAACAAGUGUCCCGGGACCUCCCUGGUGGCGCAGCGGUUAAGCGCUGGGCUGCGAAGCUGCCCGCAGCCUCUGCAGCACCGAUUUGAUCCCCGGCCACCAGCGAGGGUCCCACAUGGCGCGCAGACCUCUCCUGCCGUGCCCGCUGCUCCCCUCAGCAGAGUACUUCGUCAGUCUGCCUGUUCUGUUCCCCGCUCUGGCUCUGGUGAAUUCUCUCACCUCUGGCCUGUACCCAGUGCUUGUAUAAAUAAA